CAGGGGCGUCCCCCAAUGGACAGCUGCUUCUGCCGGGCUCGCUCUCAGGCGAGCCAAUCAGAGGGUUCACCCCGGGUUCUGGGCCGUCGGAAGCCGGGGGCUGCCCGCUGCCACGUCUGCGGGACGGGCGAGAGGGGUCGCGCACCCGCCCUGGUCGCUGCCUCCCAGGGGAGGGGUGCGGGAUGGCGGCCCCGCGGCGCUGAGGUGGGCCCUGGCUGUGGAGCGGUGAUGGCGGCGCUGCUGCGGGCCGUACUGCUGGGCGCGGCGCUGGGCUGCGCGGCCGCGGCGCUGAUCCCCGCGGCUGACGUGAAGGUGGAGGUGCUGCAGAAGCCGUUCAUAUGCCAGAGGAGGACCAAGUGGGGGGACAUGAUGCUGGUUCACUACGAGGGCUACUUGGAGAGGGAUGGCUCCAUGUUUCACUCCACUCACAAGCAUAACAAUGGUCAACCUAUGUGGUUUACACUUGGCAUAAGAGAAGCUAUCAAAGGCUGGGACAAAGGUUUGAAGGACAUGUGUGUGGGAGAGAAGCGGAAGCUAACUAUUCCACCAGCCCUUGCUUAUGGGAAAGAAGGGAAAGGAAAAAUUCCACCUGAGAGUACACUGAUUUUCAACAUUGACCUUCUAGAAAUUAGGAAUGGACCACGAUCUCAUGAGUCAUUUCAAGAGAUGGAUCUUAAUGAUGACUGGAAACUGUCCAAGCAAGAGGUGAAAAUUUACUUGAAGAAAGAAUUUGAAAGGCAUGGAGCAGUGGUCAAUGACACCCAGCAUGAUGCUUUGGUUGAAGACAUAUUUGAUAAAGAAGAUGAAGACAGUGAUGGGUUUAUAUCUGCAAGGGAAUUCACAUACAAGCAUGAUGAGCUAUAGAAAAGGGUGGCAUUAUUUUUUUGACACAAAUGGCAGUGACUCAGACUGUUUGGUUCUCUUGUCGACUUAAUUCUGUGUUUUGGAGUUGACAGCUGCUGUCAGCAAAGAAACACUCUUUGUUUAUAUAAAAGAAUUUCUGUUCAUUAUGUACAAAUGUUUUAAACUAUUUUGAAGUAUGGAAAUGUACCUCCUUUUAUGCAGAAAAGACUUGCACAUCUGUGUUUUUUAAAUUUUGUAUUAACUUAUUUUUCAGAAAUGAAACAAACUUUCCUGUUAUCAAACAUUGUGAAAAUCAAAAUCCA